GUGUGUCGAACUGGUUAACGCUUCUACCCAUUGUUUUUCAUUAUUUAAUUAAUUUUUGUAAAUAUCUAGUAGGAAGUCGUUUGAAAAAAGUAAAUAUAUUAUAUAAGACAAGGUUAAAAAUGUGAGUGUAUGUCCUGCUAAUUGAAAUAUAUAUUUUUUUGUACAUAAAGAGUGUUAGUUUUUUUUAAAUAUAAUGAACCAUUAUUUUUCCGGUAAAAGGCCCAUCUACACCAGUCGGAACCUGUAGACAUUGCAAUGUUGCCCUCAUGACGUAUGAAACAUCAUUUUGGAGUUAUGAGAAAGCCGAACCAGAACUUGCUGGCUGUUUCUGUGAUGCUGGCGUUCUCGGUUACAACUUUCGUUCAUGUAUUCGUGUUCCCGUUGUACGGUGAGUUGCCCCGCGGGCGGACGAUGCGGCAGGUGAUAGACUUCGAGCAAUCCCUGUGCCGAACCAACGUGCGAGCGAUGCAGGGCCCCACGUGGCGCCACCACUGUCCGCGGCACGGCAUUGUGACGGUGGAGCAGGGCGGUCGUCUCGGCAACCAGAUGUGGGAGUACGCAGCCACAUGGGCCGUGGCGCGCAUGACCAGCCUCGAGCCCUACGUACCCCGCUGCAUCCGCAAGCAGCUGGACGAGGUGUUCCGAGACCUCAGUGUCCCUUCCCUGAGCCAUGUGUCGCAUUGCCCCAUUGACUGGAGCAAUGCAGUCCAUUCUCCUGACCUCUGGAGCGACACCAACCAAAGCAUUGUGUUGCCUAAAUACGGUGUUUUUCCAGACUUAGUGCUAGCCUGGGCAGAGGACAUCCGGCAGGAGUUUAGGUUUCAUGACAACCUGUGGGAGACAAGCCUUAGAGUGCUGGAGGGUGCUGGUAAGUCGGUGAACAGAACUCCGGCCACGUAUGUGGGAGUUCACGUUAGACGGACGGAUUAUCGUGAAUAUUUGUGGCGCACUCGCAAAAUAAUUCUUGCGGGUGCAGAUUACUUCAUCAAUGCCAUGGAGUACUUCCGGGCCAAAUACGGUGAUAAUGUGGUAUUCUUGAUAGUGAGUGAUGACCCAAGUUGGUGUCAGCAAAACCUGGUAGCCGACCAGGGUGAUGUGUUUGUUGUGAGCAAAAAUGGUAUUUCUAGCCCUGGGCAAGAUCUUGCCAUAAUGGCAGCAUGCAAUCACUCAAUCAUUGAUUAUGGAACGUUUGGAGUGUGGGGUGCUAUCCUGGCUAGCGGGGAAACUAUUGUGUACAAUGUAUCGAGACAUGCAUCUUUACGAGUUGCUGAACUGCUUCCAAACUGGAAUGUUUUAAACUAGCAAGGAUGAUAAUUGUGGAGAUUAUUUAUUUUGUAAAAAAAAAUGUUUAAAAGUAAAUCCCAAAACUGCUAUUUUGGUAAUAUUCUUACAGCACAGCUUUUCCAUGAAGUAUAAUAAUAUUCCCAAAGUACCUUUUUCGAAAACUAGAGAUAUUCGUGUAUUCAUCCUGAAAACAGUGUUUUUUGUUUCAACUGGUUUCUGAAAAUUCACAGUUUAUAUCUUACAUUACAAUACCUGUGCAUUGAAAUGGCUGCUGUCAUUUUGUAUCAUUUAUAUGUUAUAUUAGGUAGCCUGUGCAGUGAUGUGGCUGCCACCAUUGUGUUUUAUCUCAAUAUGAUUCUGUGAGACUCAGUAUAUAAGUACUUGUAUAUUUUGGAUUUGGAUUUGGUGAUGCAGUGGAAGAUAAAUAUAAAUUAUAAAAAAAAAAAAAAAACUACUUGAGUCCCAACUGAGCAUCCAAACCCAAGCGACAACCCUUGACAGGGAUUUUUUGUUAGUAUGGAGGUGCGAAGCGUCGACUUGCUACCUACGUGCGAUAUCGUGUAACCUGAUGUUAAAAAAUAAAUUUUUAUGUUUGUUACACGUAAUGACAAUUCCUGUUAUGUGUCAGGUUACGUGUAGGGACUGCUGUAUUUUUUUUUUAAAGUUAUAUUUACCUUCCAAUGCUCACAAUAUCUAGAUACAAAAUAUACAUGUUUUUAUGCAUGGGAAACCAUAGAAUCUGCAACGCAAUUAAAGCAGAGCAUGGCGGUAGCCAGUAUUAUGCACAGGUAUUGUAAUGUAAGCUAUAAAUGAAAUUUUCUCAGAAACCAGUAAGAAUUUAAAAAUGCUGUUUUCAGGGUAAAUACAGAAACGUCUCUAGUUUUUGAAAAAAUACUAUCUGAAUUAUAUUAUUACUUCAUGGAAAAGCAGAUCUGAAAGAAUAUUACAGCUGUUUUCUCUGUUCUAAUUUUAAUUGAUUAUAUCACAAAAUAACCAUUUUUGAUUCCAAUUAUUUACUAAAAUUUGUUAUUUUUUUUUUACCAAGUAGCACCAAUCUGCAUGGAGGGUGCACCUGUCUUAUGGGUUAAGUAGUCAACAAAAAAAGUAUUUUUUUUUUAAAUGUCUCUAAACUCCACAGUUAUCAUAAAAAUUCUUAGUUAUGCCUUAUUCAGCUUGCAGUAUACCUAAAGUUUUUAAAAUUUCACGUGUUGUGUAUCAUAACACAAAUAUUUCUAACAGUGUCAAUAAUUGUCUCAGCCAUGAAAGGAGUGAUUUUUGUAUACAAGCUGAAAACUUGUAGGAGAGUCUACCUUUGGUCCCCUUAUUAUUUGUUAAUGUUUUUUUUUUUUUUUCCCCAUUUGCAUUGCAAGAUAAACUUACACAUGGCCUUUUGCAACUUUCCAAACAGUAAAUGAACUUGAAAUCUUGUGAGUAAUCAUCAAGAAACAUUUACUUAUGCCUAGCACUGUCUAGAAAUUAUUAUUUUUUUGUUUUAUCUCUGGAUUUCUUUACCAAACAUGGGUCACAUUCACAAUAGUGCAUGCACAGCACAGAUUCAGUAAAUAACACCACACACAAAUUAAUCAUUAUUCUAUAAGAUAUUUCAGAAUGUGAGAUGUGAAACACAAAAAUUUGAUUGUGAAGUAGGCUACCAAUUUUUUAAAUUUUUUAAAUUUACAUUCUGGAGAAGCUACAUAACAAUAGGCGCCAAGAUAUAGAGCAAUUCAAAUUAAUAAGUUAACAUACAGUUAUAUUACAUAAAGUUAAGAUGGUUUAAAACCAUAGUUGACAUACAAGAACUGUGAGCAGAUGAGUGAAUCAAUUACUAUAUUAUAUAUUUUUUUGGGUUAUUAAGGCUUCCGUAUGGUGAUUUUAGACUAAUCGGGUGAGUGGAUUUCAAACUAAACUUAAUCUUAUCUUAUGGAUAUAAAAUCACCAAUUUCAUUUAUGCCUUAGACAAGAUCCGAACCCAGAACUCAUCAACCAGCUGUGUUUUGGAGGUCAGCUGUAGGGGAAUGAUUCUUUUGGACAUAAUAUUAUUACUUUGGGAAAAAAAAUUAGAAUUCUUGGCUUUCAUGAUUAAAAUUUAUUGCAAGUAAGCCAUGUGUUAGUGGAUUGGUUUUGCAGGCAAUUUGUACGGCAAUCAGUUAUGUGUAAUUAUCUGACUAAUUUUUGAUAAAACUGUAUUCAGAAUCUAUCUAAAAAUUACUUUGAGGAUUUUCUUUUUAGUGUAUUUUUUAUGGCUGUAGUUUUAAUUCAUAUUUAUGAUUGACUAUAUAAAUAUAGUGUUAUGAUGAUUGUGUAAAAUUGAACAUAUCUAGUUAAAUUAGCAUUACCACUUACUUGCCAAGCAGUUUGAAAAAUACUUUAGAAAGGUGACAAAUUUAUACAGUUAAAUUCCUAACAAAAUGGUAUUGUAUGUUCUGAGAAGAGAGAAAGUAACCAAGUACUUUUACAUUUUGGCUGUUCAUUCAGACCAAAUUUGCUAUCAAUAUUUUAUAUAAAUGUUUAAUAUUUGCAUAAGAUUAUAUUUAUGUACUAUAACUGCCAUGUAAAAUUGUGACUCAUGCUCUUUCAGUCUGGUAUAUCUGUGAAUAUAUAUAGUAACUAAUUGUUAUCCAAGUGUGUGUUCACUAAAGUAUUUUCAGAAUUGUAGUUGAUGUUAAGAAUAUUUAUACUAUUAUGUGUUUUAAAGACUGGGUAUUUUUGUGUAUUUUAAGAUAAAUAUAGGCUAUAUUGAUGUUGCUUUAUAGUUCAUACUAAAUUGUAUCUGUAUAUUGAUGUUAAUGUGCUGGUCCACUUGUAUCAAGCAGAAUGUUAAAAAUGAUUGAUUCAAUUAUGUUUUUGUUCCUUCACAAGUAGAGUUUUCAGAUAUCUUCUUUUUUUUUAAUUGUUAAAUUUUUGUUCUUUUAUUUUCUCAUGUACUAUUUUUUAAACUCUUUGGUGAAGUAAUUCUAAUUACCUAAUAGUUUUUUCAAGUGAAACUUCUUUGGGUGCGACGAGAGUAAAAUUUCAAGGCAGCAUUUUAAUGCGACGUUUUAAUGAAACAUUUCUGAUGCCAAAAAGGAUAUUAAGAGAGAGCACUAAGCUAUAUACAUUGCUGGGCUUGUUUUCGUUCACCUCUUUGUGCAAUGAUUCGCCCCCCCCACUCAAAAAAAAUAUAGAGCCGAGAGAGGUUGAUGAACGAAAGACUAAGAGAGCGUGUGCAUGCACUAGUUUAAAAUAGAUAUAGAGGUAUCCUAUAGUCAGCUGUGAGUACCUUAAAUUUUAUAUUUGCUAGCAUGCUCGUGUUCCUCCUUGUUCAACCAGCAGCAUAGAGAGCGCUGUUGAGACAGUCCCUGUAUUUCCCGCAUAGAAAGGGCUACCUGUUAUGAAUUUCAUAAUUCGUUCAGAGAUUUGGCAUGUUCCAAAUGGCAGUAUUGUUUGAAGAAACAGUAACAUGCACAGUUUUUAUUUAUGGUAUAUUUAAACAAUGAGUAAUAUUUAUUGUUAAUUAAUCAUUAUUGAUGGAUCAUUGAUUAUUAAUAACCUGAGCAGUUAUUUUGAAGUGAGGAAUAAUUUUGUUAAAUCAUGUUUAUUUAGAAAAUUGUCUUCGUUCUCUCUUUUUUUUGUCUCUCUGCCGUUUUACCCCUCACAAUAUACUUUGAAUUGCCAAAGAAGUUUCACUUCUAUCACGUGUACUGAGUUACGGGCACUCUUUUUUUUUUUUUUAAUACAGUAGUGAUGAGCAAACGAAUCAUUCGACCGACUCUAUUAAUUUGAAUCAGUUUAAUGUAAUGAUUCGUUCAAAUAAUUUGUACAUUUUGUUCAAUGGGUCUGCCAAUUCUCAAGCGUCAGUCAUAACUCGUCCAUCCUUUAUCUAAGCAAUCAAGUACCCGUUACGUGUAGUUGGCUGGCCUAGUCGCCUGGCUGGUUAUAAUAAUCUGGUCGGCUCAGAUAGCAGAAAUUCCAGCUGUAUGGCUGUAUACUGACUGUUUCAAAAAUGUUUGUGACCACAUUACUGAGCUCUCACAGAUUAAAUUAGUAAAAAAAAAAAAAACUCUGAUAAUACAUGAAUAAUAAUUGUAACUCAAUACUUGUUGAGUCGCUAACCCCCACUGCCACCCCUUUUUAUGUUAUCCUUUGUCUUUGAUAAGGUACUGUUUGCUCUUGUGAACACGUGAUGUUUCAAUUCCUGAUUACUCUGACUCCCGACAUCAGGAGUCAUUUCUGUCUAGCUAUCAGAUAGUAAACUAUCAAAAACAGAUUCAUUUUCAUAGCAAACAAAUCAUAUGCUUUUAUUUGCUCAAAGAUCCAUUCAGUUUGAACGAAUCAUUCAUGAAGACUCAUUACUAAAAUACAGUACUUCUCGCCUUGGGGAAACUUACUAUUCACUGACCCCAAGUUAGACAGUGACAUAAAUAAUACGUAAAAUCGUUAAUGUAUUACAAUUUUUUUUUAAAUUUUACCCUGGACUGUAUUGUGCACUUUUAACUAUUACUAGGCCAGUCAAUAUCUUAACAAAGUAUAUAAUUGAAGUAAGAUCAUAAAACAAGGGUGCAUUAUUUAUCCUCUUUUGCUGUUAUUUAGUUGUUCAUUUGUUAGUCAUCUGAUCACCCUAAUCACAUGUGACAUGUUACAUUAUUUAACCUUUCAUUUCUAACAGAUAUAUAUUUCAAAAGUAUAAAUAUUAUUUAGAAACUUAGCCUUGUUUUGUUAUCACUGAAUAAAGUGUAUUUUUGUAAUUGGGUAGGUUUAACUACACUUAAAACAAAGUUGUAAUGAGAAUUUUGUGUGUGUGUUUGUCAAAUUUUCUAAGCAUUCUUUACAAGUAGUGUUUAUAGUUGAAACCAAAUAAAAUUCUGUAUUUUUAGGGGGGGGGGGGGAGGAUUUGUUCUUCUGCAAUGUAUGUUACUGAAACACUGACAACAAAGGUGCCAUAAGUUGCAUGCAUUUUGGAUUGUAGUAGCCUUGAAGGCGAAUAUUUCCACAGAUGUUUCGGUCGACCUUGCAAACAUCAGGGAGUUACCUACCAAGGUUCUUGGAAAAUCUCCUGCCUUUAAAUUCUCUUGUCGAGAGGGGUGUGGUUUCUGAUUGGCUUUAGCUGUAUAUAGGUUUUGAUAAAUGUGGCUUCCAUUUGUAUUUCUUAUAAGUAAAAUUUCAAAAUGAAUGACUAAUUUGUCAAAAAAGAAUUAGCUUUUCAAAAAGGCUGUCAUAUGUUGGUGAAUAGAGCACAUGAAAGACUUUAGAAUAGUGUAUUUUUAAAUGGUGGUAUAAAUUCUAAGAGUAUUUCAAUUCCAUUAAACACUAUAUGUUUAUCUGAAGGGCUUCAUGAAGCAACUUGUCUGAAUCAAUCAUUUAUUUCUGUAUUUUAAUGUGAAUUUCUCUUUCUUCUGUGUGUGCUGGUAUUUUAUAUAGCAGUCUGUUCUGUGAUUUUAUUAUCUUGUGGAUUUUACAAUGUGGUAUACUGUUGCCAUUUAGAAUUUUUAUCAUGUGAUAUAUAUUGAUUAGCACCUGUGUGGCAAAUAGGCUGAAUAUUUUCUGACAAUUUGUGUUAGUGCUCAAUAUAGAAUUUGAUGUUGGUGGUAAAUAAUUCAAGUUUUUUGUUAUUUCUUAGUGACCAAGUAACAUUAUACACUUGCAUUGUAAAAGUUUAAAGUUGAAAGUUGGCUGCGAGGCAUUAGUUGUGCAAUGGUAAAUGGCCAAGAAAGAUUGCACCAUCUAUUCAAGCUGAAUAGUUUCUCAUUUCUGCAAUGAAUGUCACCAUAUGAUGUGUUGACAGGUUGUAUCACAAAACACUCUCAUCAUUUAGAAUUGUUUUUUACAACAUUGAAAUGAUUGAACCAUGCAUUGUGUGAUUUCACUUUGCAUGAGGCAAGUGCUUAUGGUUGUUUCAUGAGAAAGAGGCUUGUAGUUCACUUUUAGUUGGCAGUUACAUCUGGGACAGAGUGGAUUCAUUGUCACUUUAAUGCCUGCUUGUGCAGUCUUAAGAAUCAUUUCUUUUGACUAACCUGCAAAGUUUUACCUCACAUUUUCCAUGCCUGAUUUUGCAAGUAGGCCUAAGUCCCAUGGUGUAUAUUUGUCUGUCAAACUACUAAUCCCACAGUUAUCUUUUCUAAAUUUGUGGGUGCCUUGCCAAAUCAAGAAAAUAUUACAGAAUAUAAUAUCAGUAUAAAAAUUCUAUAAUUUUUUUCCAAAAGGGAAGGACUACCAGGUGUGAAAUGAACAUGUAAAUCAUUGUUCAUGCAUAUGGAUUCUGACUACUUCAGCAAGUGACACACCAAAUUUUGGCUACAUUGCCUAGUUUAUAACUGUUCUUGAAUACCCUGCGUUUUAAGUUUGGGUAUCUUAACACAGAAACAAACCUUUUCGAAACUGUUACUGCUCAUGCAGCAUGAUACCAGAGCUUCAAAACUGCCAUAACCUUCAGAGGGAACCUAUAGUGAAAUGUUUCCUUAUGUAUUUCUGCAAUGAAACAACACAAUGCAUAUUUCUGCCAUACAAGUACCCAAAGCAUUUAUAUUUUGUAAAUAAUGUACCAUAUUUCAAAAUGUCUGUGAUAAAUAUUGUAUGUUAACACUGUGGAUAUUGUAGAGAAUUGGUGUUAAUAUCAGUAUCUGCUCAAUUGUUGCAUUCCAAAGUAAUUUGUGCCAACAUUCAUCUGAAAAAAUAAAUUAGUUCUGCAUGAUAGUAUUGCAUUAUAAUAUAUUAUGUAGAAUAAAAUAAAGGUUUUGUAUUAAUCAGUAAGUGAACCAAGAUGUGUUUUAAUUACUAUAAACAUCAUGGGCCCCAGUUUUUUUUUUACAGAUAAGAGGAAAAAUCUUUAGUUAAUUAUUGUAAUGAAAACAGAUUUUAUCCUUAGAGCCAUAAUUUUCCAGAACAAAAAUUAUUUGUGCUAUCUUCUUUCAUAUUAAAAUUGCUCAUUGUAAUUACCACUGUAAGUAUCUGGGAUGCUUGUUUUUGUGUGUUGACUAACUAUGGAUGUGCCUACCUGCUGUGGUUUCACUUCAGGUAGAGCUUGCCUACUUUGGUGCUGAUGAGGAGUAUCCAGGUACUUGCAGUGAACAUUUUGAUCUUGUUUUUGUUUAAUUUUGUAUUGUGUUUAAAUAUUCUGUUUAUGCCCACUGUUAAAGCUCUAGACUGUUGGUAGGCAUGUUACAUACUUAAAUAAAUAAAUAUUAAUUGCUUACAUGAUCAUGUAACUUUUUUUUUCCAGAACAUACUAAGUGCAAUAGUUCAUAAAUAAAAUACAAUACUUUUUCUAUGUAAUUUUAUGUCCUUUUUGUGGUGUGCAUGCGCGCACGAUCGUAUAUACGUGUACACCUACAUACACAUUCAUUUAUGGUUUUAAUUUCUAACACAUUUUUCUAUGAAUCAUAAAACUAAUAUUGUGAUAAAAUACAGAGUUGCUGAUAAUGCUUGGUUUCCCUUAAAUGCAUGCAGUGUCUGUGAAAAAAAUGUGUUAUACUUUAUUUUGGUAGGCUGCAUGUUUGUGUGAGCACCUUUGUGUCAGUCUAUUUUGUUAUUGGUUUCUGAUGAUACACCAUUAGUGGCAUCUUUAAAAAAAUUUCCAAACACGAUUACGAAAUUACAUUUAUUCAACAAAUUUUUCUUGCCAAAAAAAGAUCAUUUCUCAAGUAAUACUGUUCUAAGUAAGGUCUUUGUAAACAAAAUUUAUUCAUAAAAAAAUAAGCUACUGAUUGGCUUUAACUAAAAGUAGAAAUGGAACAGUUUUCAUGUAGUGAAAUGUUAAAACAUUAAAAGCUGAGCACAUCAAGGCCAUCAAGAGCAAGAAGGUAAACUUUCAAUGCUUUUCAGUGCGUGCCUCUCCUUGGCAUGAAGCAAUUUAGCUUAUCAACAAAGAGAAGACUUAGGCCUGAUCAACAACCUUGGAGUGGCAGCUGAGCUUAUUGUUUGCUUUAGUUUCACAAUUUGCAUUAAAUGGGUGUUACAAAGUGUUUUUAUCAAACGGUAAAAAAAAAAAAAUGUAGGUGUGUGCCUAUCAUCAAAAGUUUAAUGUAAUUAUGAUUUGUGACAAGUGAAUCUUCAAUGCUUUUGUCAUUAAGGUGGCAACCUGGCUGUAUUAAUGAGCUCUAGGUGUUAUGCAGUAACCCUUUAUAUGUAGUAUUCCAGCAUAAAAUUAUAAGGUUGUGGCUUAAGUUCCGCGCAUUACUGACACAUAAUGGCUGAGAGGUGUGUGAUGCGCAAGCAUUGUCACCUUUAACACCCUCGUAGUUUCAGACCUCAUGCACCUGGCCAGAUGCCACCUUAAUGUGACUUAUGACACUUAAUAAAAGACGUGUUACAUUAAACUUUCUCUACAUUUA